UGAAGCAUCGAAGAUGAAGAAAUCAAUUCUGAUGGGGGACUUGUUAAUAAUGCUCGGAUAUCAUUUCAUAACCAUUAAUAAAUGUUUUAAGCAAAUCGUAAAAUGUGUUGUGUAGUUUAGCUCCUCUAGUCAGCCAUGUUCCAAUAGACUGAACCGGCAAUAUGCUGCAUAUGUCGCACACUACUCAAUCUGAUGUUUUUUUUUCUCAAGCUAUGUGCUAGGUUGCAGAGGUGGUGGCUUGUUUAUGAUUCACUAGUGUUUAUCGAAGCACCACCAGUAAAAGAAUAAUUGUCAGAGGAUAAACCGUGAGUCAUACUGCGCUGAGAAUCGAAUUUAAGUAAGUAGAUAAAAUUUCAUAGCAAAGAUUUUUUCUCGAGUUAUGCAAAUAAAAUUGCAGCAUACUUAUAUCCUCCCAACUACGAGAUGACCCAUUCGUGAAUUCGUAUGACUAUAACCUGCUUGCGAUAUCCGCUACUUUAGUGUUGUUGUUGAAAGAAUCGCAACAUCGGUGGACGAUUCGUCUUUAAGACGAGUGCUGCUACAAAUGGCAACCACCGAUUGGGAAAAGUUCAAAUUGUUACUGUGGAAAAACUGGAUUAUCCAAAAAAGGCAUUAUGUGCAGACGAUAUUUGAGAUAACAAUUCCAGUGUUGGCUUGUUCCUUACUAAUUCUCGUGCGAGGUUUGGUGAAUCCUUCAACAUACACAGAGCCAGUUACUUUCGAGAGACUCUAUGUCAGCAGCAUUGCUAGUUUACGAACGAUGAUAUCAAACCAUCCUAUUGAAUUGACACUAGUGUACUCGCCAGGAAACUUGUUGUUCGAGCAGGUGGACAAAAGAGCGGCUAAAAUGUUAGGGACGGAUGUACGUACUAAACCAUUCAAUAACAGCGAUAGUAUGUAUAACAUUCUGGUUACAAAUAAUUACCUCGCGGGGAUCGAAUUUGGUGAUCAUUUGACGAAUAUUACUGAGCUACCGGAAAAUUUAACAUUUGCUCUUCGAUUUCCCAGCGAAAUGAGAACAACACUGUUACCAGGCGCUGAAUUCUGGGCAAAUUGGCGAACAUUUCUGACCUUUCCACCGUUCCAGGCUUACGGAGCUCGUGCUGUCAACUACAGUGACGGUGGUUAUCCAGCUAAUUAUUACGCAGAAGGUUUCGUUUCCGUGCAAAAUGCAAUAACACGAGCUCUGUUAGAGCGGAAAAACAAUUCUCACAAGCUGCCGAUCGUCUCCCUGCAGCGCUUUCCAUACCCGCCGUUCUAUAACGACCCGUUGCUGAGAGGACUUGAAAAUCUAUUCCCUGUCAUCAUAAUGAUUGCGUUUUUCUAUUCCUGCAUAAACACCGUGAAGUUUAUAACCCUGGAAAAGGAAAGACAGCUGAAGGAAUCAAUGAAAAUCAUGGGUGUCAGUGGAUGGCUUCACUGGAUGGCUUGGUUUGUCAAAACGCUCAUCCUCCUAUCGAUCUCUAUAACGCUGAUUACUUUGCUGCUGUGUGUCAGCCUAACGACAAACACUGAUAUUGCGAUUUUCGAGUUUUCAAACUGGUUAUUAGUCUGGAUCUUCUUGUUCAUCUAUAGCAUUACAACCAUAACGUUCUGUUUCAUGUUAAGUACAUUUUUUUCGAAAGCUAACAUAGCAUCUGGCGUUUCCGGUAUUAUCUGGUUCUAUUCGCUCACACCAUACAACAUCACUUUUGGAAACUAUGAUCGUAUGUCUCUUGUAACAAAACUCGCCGCUAGUCUGUGGUGCAAUACGGCGAUGGGUUAUGGCUUUAUGCUCUUGAUGAAACACGAAGGAACCUCCAUUGGGUUACAGUGGUCUAAUUUAUUCACACCGGUGACUGUAGAUGACCAGCUUACGGUGGCACAUAUCAUGCUAAUGCUCCUGAUAGACGCAGUGUUUUACUUGUUAGUUGCCCUAUACGUAGAACAAAUUGCCCCUGGUCAGUUUGGAAUCCCAAAAAAAUGGAAUUUUAUUUUCACCAUUAACUUUCGGAGUUCACGCGAUUCCUUCAAUAAACAGCGAAAUACAUUAGGCAGAGAAUAUUUUUCCAGUCACUCGAUCAACAAUCCCGAAGAAGACCUUACCGAAAAACAUGCUGGAAUAAAGAUAUUAGGAUUGACGAAAGUAUUCAAAGGAUCUGAAGUUGCAGUUAAGGAUUUGACUUUAAAUUUAUAUGAAGAUCAAAUAUCUGUACUGCUAGGACAUAAUGGUGCCGGCAAGACUACUACAAUGUCAAUGCUAGCCGGAAUGUUUCCUCCAACAUCCGGAACAGCUAUCGUUAAUGGUUUCGACAUUCGAUAUAACAUUAAAAAAUUGAGAAAUACUUUGGGGUUAUGUCCACAACACAAUAUUUUAUUUGACGAGCUAACAGUAGUAGAGCAUAUAAGAUUUUUUUCUAAGCUUAAAGGAGUUACAGAUGAUGUGAUCAGCACGGAGAUUAACAAGUAUCUAAAAUUAUUGGAGCUAGAGGAAAAGAAAGAUGCCCUAUCACAGACUUUAUCUGGUGGUAUGAAACGCAAGCUUUCGAUGGCGAUUGCUCUAUGCGGAGGUUCGAAAGUUGUUUUGUGUGACGAACCUACAUCAGGAAUGGAUCCAGCAGCUAGAAGAUUGCUGUGGAAUUUGUUGCAGCAAGAAAAAGUUGGUAGAACCAUACUGUUGUCUACCCAUUUCAUGGACGAAGCUGACAUUCUGGGGGACCGUGUUGUAAUAAUGGCUAGCGGAGAUUUGAAAGCCGUUGGAUCGCCUUUCUAUUUGAAAAAAAAAUUCGGUCGAGGUUACAGGCUUGUAUGUGUCACUGAAGCUGGUUGCAAUCCAAUGCAUUUGACUGGCUUGAUAAGGAAAUAUAUUCCGAAUAUUGAAGUAGAAACAGAUAUUGGAACAGAGUUAAGCUACAUUCUUGGGCAUGAAUAUUUGCACUUGUAUCAGAGAUUGUUGACUGAUUUAGAGGAGAAUGCUGCGCAAUUCCGUAUAUCCAGCUACGGAAUAACUCCAUCGACAUUGGAGGAAGUAUUUAUGAGACUUGGAAGUGAUAGAGCUACAAAAGACGAUAGCAAAACGUUUAAUGAUUCCACAACUCGGUUAAACUAUGCAUCUUAUUUGCCUGAGGAGCCAUAUCCAUUAGUAAAGGGAAGACAGCGCACAGUUAAUCAAAUGAAGGCUAUGUUCAUGAAAAAAUAUCUUAGUUUCAUCAGAGCUUGGAAGAUUUCGUUUUUACAAACAACACUAUCAAUGUUCUACAUAAUGAUAAUAAUAGCUAUUGUUCGUUCAUUUCCCAAUAAUGUUGUACUGCCUCCUUUGGAAAUAUCGUUGAGUUCGUAUUCGAAAACAGUUACAAUUCUACAAACGACGGAUAUAAAUGCAACUAUAACAAGAAGCUACGUGAGUUUGUUUGAAAAUACCCCUGAAGUCCACGAGCUUAUAGUGACUUCUGCUUCUUUUGAGGAAUACGUCUUAAACAAAUCCGCAGAGAACAUUAAAAAGGUAGAUAAUACCUACAUGGUUGGAGCAACACUGCAUGAAUCUGAUCAAAAUUUGACUGUUUGGUUCAACAACAAGGCUUAUCAUACGGCACCGCUGGCCUUGAAUCUCAUCUAUAACGCAAUACUACGAACAUUUUGCAACAAUUGUCAUCUACAAGUUGUAAAUAAACCCUUGCCUUACAGCACACGUAUCAGAUUUCUACGAUUACAGGCAGGUAGUAAUAUGGGAUUCCAGUUAGCCUUCAACACGGGUUUUGCAAUGGCCUUCGUGGGGGCAAUGUACAUCAUGUUUAAUAUCAAAGAACGGGCUUCCGGAGCUAAGUUAUUACAGCUUGUUAGUGGAGUCCACGUUGUGAUAUUCUGGAGCAUCUCUUUCCUGUGGGACUAUUUUGUGUUCAUUGUAGCGAUGGUCUUAUACAUUAUAACAUUGGCAGCCUUCCAGGAAGAAGGUUGGUCUUCGCCAACUGAGUUGUCACGCGUUGUGAUAGUGAUGUUGUGUUUCGGAAGUGCAGUUAUUCCAUUUACGUAUCUAUGGUCGCUCUUCUUUCAAGUUCCCUCAACUGGAUUCAUUAAAAUGCUAAUAUUUAACAUAUUUACUGGUACAGUUAUUUUCACGGGUAUAUUUCUGCUCAAGUACAGCGAGUUCAACUUGAAAGAUGUGGCAGAAACAUUGGAGUGGUUUUAUAUGAUUUUUCCCCAUUUUGCGCUUAGUCAUAGUCUGAACAACAUCAACUUGGCAUUAACAAUACAGCAAAUCUGCCAAGCCCAAAGUGAAGCGAUGCCUUUUAGUAUCGAUGAUCUUUUAUGCAACAUUGACAAGCGUUGCUGUAGUAAGUAUAGUGUGUGGAAAAUUGUUGCCAUUUACAUACCGUCAAACUACCCUAAAAUAAUUACGAUACACAAACUAAUGAGUGUUUACUAUAUUCCAGAUACAAACAUAUUUUCCUUCGAACCAAACGGAGUCAGUCGCAAUCUUGUUUACAUGCUAGCAGUAGGAAUCUUAUCGUUUGUAGUAUUAUUACUGAAUGAGUUAGGAAUGAUUACGUUUAACAUCAACUGUAGAAAUCCUAGGAACAGUUCACCGAUGAAAUGCGCCUUUAGGUCGUUAGAGACCAUAACAAUUGACGAAGACUCAGACGUUUCAGAUGAACGGCAGCGAAUUUCUCUUUUUCGAUUAAAUGAUCUCGAACGGCAUACUAUAGUAUUAAAGGAAGUCUCGAAAUUUUACGAAUCGGUUUUGGCAGUGAAUCGCCUAUAUCUAGCUGUUAAUAAUUACGAGUGUUUUGGUUUGCUUGGAGCGAACGGAGCUGGCAAGACUUCUACAUUUAAAAUAUUAACGGGUGACGAGAAGAUGUCAUCUGGAGAUGCCUGGAUCUGUGGAUUAAACAUAAAAACUAAAAAGAAUGAAGUUAACCGCCAUAUUGGAUAUUGUCCUCAGUUUGACGCAACUCUUGAAGAUCUGACUGGUCGCGAAACGUUGAAAAUCUUUGGUCUCUUGAGAAGCGUUCCGGAAAAUUUCAUAGCCGCUGUUUCUGAAAGCCUAUCAAAUGAUCUAAAUUUUACAACGCACCUUGACAAGCAAGUGAAGGCUUACAGUGGAGGUAACAAGCGAAAAUUAAGCACUGCACUUGCACUGAUCGGCAAUCCAGCCGUCAUUUAUUUAGAUGAGCCUACCACGGGAAUGGAUCCGGGCGCAAAACGGAAUUUUUGGAACGUGAUAUGUAAGAUUAGAGCAACUGGUAAAGCAAUUAUUUUAACGUCCCAUAGUAUGGAGGAAUGUGAGGCUCUCUGCACACGAUUGGCAAUCAUGGUUAAUGGAGAGUUUAGAUGCCUAGGAUCGUCGCAACACUUGAAGAACAAAUUCACAGAUGGUUUCUUCUUGACGAUCAAACUUGAAAAACGAGACAAUGACGAUUCCAAUGAUAACGUUAGUCUAGUCGUGCAAUAUAUUGAAGAAAAUUUUGAAGGUGCUCGAUUGAAAGAACAAUAUAAAGAUUUCCUGACUUAUCACAUUACAAGAACUCCUUUGAAAUGGUCCACGAUGUUUGGACUAAUGGAGCAAGCUAAAUCUCGAUUCGACAUCGAAGAUUAUGCCUUAGGACAGACCACUCUCGAGCAAGUAUUUCUUACAUUAGUCUCUCAUCAACGAACUAGUCAAUGAAACUGUGGUAAUUUUAAUAGUGCAUAUUACAAAAAAUAAGUGCAAUGGGGUUAGUACUCUAAAUUAAAAUGGAUCUGAUUAUUGUACAACUAUGAUAAAUAAAAAUAUUUUUUUAAAUAUAUUCCCUA